AUGUCUUGUCAUUCCGCGUCCUCGCACGAGGGCUCUGAGAUGGAUGCGCCACAAGUUAGCUACAUGGAUAGACGUUUAACACCGACAAGUUCCGUCCCAGAGGGGGAAAACGAAGCCGAUCAUGGUCCGCUCGACCUUCCCAACGAGAGAAGGAGGAACAGGCUCGGGUACCAUCGAUCAACGGUCGCAUGUGGACAUUGUCGGAAAAGGAAGAUCAGGUGUAAGAAGCCUGAGGUAAAAGAUCUCCUGAACCGAUGUGAGAGUUGUAUCAAUCUCAAGAAGCCCUGCGUAUAUGCCGCAGUAAAUCCACAAGCACCACCACACACGAUAACACAUCGGCCAAGAAGAAUGUCGAUUGGGUCUAACCCUACGUCACCAUCCACAUCUCCCGGGAUGGUAAUGGGUCAUAUCGUAGAAGGGCAAUCGAAUCCGACCUACCACCAGCUUACAGCAAUGCCAUCGAUGCCAAAUAUAGGGCAACAACCAGUAGAAGCUGGUGAAGAUGAGACGUAUUCUAUCAGGAUUCCAUCGACUACACCUAGUAGCCGGUCGUUUAGCUAUGGGCAAGUAGCAAGUGGUUGGAUGUCGACUGAUGCGGAUGCCAGCGCCGAGACGGCGCCAGGGGCCACGAACACUCCCUGGACGACAUUUCCCCACGAUGUGCCCGAGACCACGGGAUUCUCCCAAUAUGCCUCCCACGUAUCGACAUGGCCGACGAAUUCACUCGGUAUAAAUAGAAUGGAUACCGAGACGCACCUUGAUGAUACAUGGCGUCCGUAUCCAUCAGGCGCUAGAUCGAUGUCAUUCAACAGCCACCAAUCCGGGCAAUUUGAUUCCUCGUCGACAAGACCAUACGAUCGUGUACAAUCACCGAGCGCAACCGACAUCAUGCCAGAAGCGAGCUUGGUCGCUCAGGGGUCUCUUUCUGCUGGUGCCACGCCUCAUCUAGCAUACGAUGUAUGGCAACAGCAAUACCAAUAUCCUAGACCCAACGAAGACUAUGGCGGAUGGUAUGAGAACGGUGACCAUGCCGCUGGAGCACACGUCUCGUCUAACGAGGAUCCCUCUCAAGUCAGAGACGUCUAUUAUAGCCAACGAUGACUAGGACUCGAUCGCAGCAUGGUG